AUGGAGAGGCAAAUGAUAGAUGCAGCAAGUGGUGGAGCAAUCGAUAAUAAAACUCCCCAAGCCGCAAGGGAAUUGAUUUCUUCCACGAUGGCUGCAAAUUCUUCAAACAAUUGGUCUCGCCAUGAACCUUCGAGAAAAUUAAUGAGAAUGCAAACGAAACAGAAUGCAAAUGCAAUUACUUUGAAGAGUGGCAAGGAGCUGGAAAUUCCAACAGCAAAAAAUUGUGUACGUGACUUGGUACUGGAGGAAGAAGUAGAGAAGGUCAAGCCAACCGAUGGUGCGGAGUUGGAGAAAUCUGAAAUUCUAAAGAUUCAGCCCUCUUUUCCUCAAAGAUUUGCCAAGUCUAAGAGGGAAGAAGAAGAGAAAGAAAUUCUUGACAUAUUCUGGAAAGUGGAAAUCAAUAUUCCACUACUCGAUGCUAUCAAGAAAAUACCCAGAAAAUUAGCCAAAAAUCAAAAGACAAAGCCACCAAAAUUGGAGCUUAAGCCGCUUGCCUCAAAUUUGAAGUAUGUGUUUUUGGGUGAAGAAGAAACCCUUCCAAUGCUUGAAAGGUUAGCGGGUAGAACUCAUUAUUGUUGUGUAGAUGGAUAUUCAUGAUUUUAUCAAAUUCCAGUUGCACCCGAAGAUCAAGAAAAGACAACAUUCACAUGUCCAUUUGGAACUUUUGCUUACCGACGAAUGUCGUUUGGGCUUUGCAAUGCCCCAGGAACGUUUCAACGAUGUAUGGUAAGUAUCUUUUCUGAUUUUGUAGAGAACAUUAUAGAAGUUUUUAUGGACGAUUUUACUAUUUAUGGAAAUUCUUUUGAUGAAUGUUUAAUAAAUCUUGAAAAAAUUUUGGGUUCUGAUCAUUCAGCUCUGCGGUAUUUGUGAAGAAGAAAGAAGCUUAAAACUUCUUAUGCUUGUGGUGGUCAUUUUGGACCUAAGAGAACAGCUCGUAAGGUUCUUGAAUGUGGAUUUUAUUGGCCAACAUAAUUCCAUGAUUCAUAUAUUUUUUGUAAAGCUUGUGCUAAUUGUCAAAGAACUGGAAAUUUAGGACAUAGAGAUCAAAUGCCCCUUAAUCCUAUUUUGAUUUGUGAAAUUUUUAAUGUGUGGGGUAUAGACUUCAUGGGUCCUUUUCCUGCUUCUUUUGGUUACACUUACAUAUUGCUUGCUGUUGAUUAUGUUUCUAAGUGGGUAGAAGCUAAGGCUUGUCGAAAUAAUAAUGCUAAAACUAUGGUGGAUUUUGUGAAGUCUAAUAUUUUUGCCAGGUUUGGAACUCCAAGAGCUAUCAUUAGCGAUCGAGGGACACAUUUUUGUAAUAAGACAAUAGAAGCUCUCUUCAAGAAAUAUGGGGUUACUCAUCGAACUUCUACUGCCUACCAUCCUCAGACAAGCGCCUACCAUCCUCAGACAAGCGGGCAAGCGAAAGUAUCGAAUAGGGAAAUUAAGUCAAUUCUGGAGAAAACAGUGAGUCCAAAUCGAAAGGAUUGGAGUUUGUGUUUAGAUGAUGCUCUGUGGGCGUAUCGCACAACCUAUAAAACACCUAUAGGAAUGUCUCCUUACCGAAUGGUUUUUGGGAAACCAUGCCAUUUACCGGUGGAAUUAGAAUAUCGAGCUUAUUGGGCUGUAAAGAAGUGCAAUAUGGACGUGGAUGCUGUUGGAGAACAUAGGAAGUCGAGGUACUCCGCUGUCCGAGUUUGGGCAAAGAGUAGUGUUAGUAGCCACUUGAGUUUGUGA